CGCGCGCCGGAGGCAUGGAGCGCUGCCCCAGCCUGGGGGUCACCCUCUACGCCCUGGUGGUGGUCCUGGGGCUGCGGGCGGCACCGGCCGGAGGCCAGCACUAUCUCCACAUCCGCCCGGCUCCCAGCGACAACCUGCCCCUGGUGGACCUCAUCGAACACCCGGACCCUAUCUUUGACCCCAAAGAGAAGGAUCUGAACGAGACGCUGUUGCGCUCGCUGCUCGGGGGCCACUACGACCCGGGCUUCAUGGCCACCUCGCCCCCCGAGGACCGGCCCGGCGGGGGCGGGGGGGCGGCCGGGGGCGCCGAGGACCUGGCCGAGCUGGACCAGCUGCUGCGGCAGCGGCCGUCGGGGGCCAUGCCGAGCGAGAUCAAAGGGCUGGAGUUCUCCGAGGGCUUGGCCCCGGGCAAGAAGCAGCGCCUGAGCAAGAAGCUGCGGAGGAAGUUACAGAUGUGGCUGUGGUCGCAGACCUUCUGCCCGGUGUUGUACGCGUGGAACGACCUGGGCAGCCGCUUUUGGCCGCGCUACGUGAAGGUGGGCAGCUGCUUCAGUAAGCGCUCGUGCUCCGUGCCCGAGGGCAUGGUGUGCAAGCCGUCCAAGUCCGUGCACCUCACGGUGCUGCGGUGGCGCUGUCAGCGGCGCGGGGGCCAGCGCUGCGGCUGGAUUCCCAUCCAGUACCCCAUCAUUUCCGAGUGCAAGUGCUCAUGCUAGAACUCGGGGUCCCCUUCCCGCACCCGGACAAUUGAUGGAACCCCACCGACGCCCUCCCCCCGCCCCCCGCACCGUCUCCAACCCGUUCCCCCCCCCCCCCGCGGGGGGAUUCAAUGACCUUUUUUUUUUUUUUUUUUUUUUUCUGGCUACAGAGACCUAGCUUUCUGGUUCAUGUAAUGCACUGUUUAACUGUGUAGGAAUGUAUAUGUGUGUGUAUAUACGGUCCCAGUUUUAAUUUACUUAUUAAAAGGUCAGUAUUAUACGUUAAAAGUUACCGGCUUCUACUGUAUUUUUAAAAAAAAAAA